AUGGAUUUUUUAGAUUAUCAGGCAUAUGGCGUGGGGAUUGGUUCCGACGAUGGUGCAGGGUUAUUGCCUGAGCCAGCGUCCAACUUAUCUUUGGUGGCUAAUAUUCCGGUGCCAGAGGUUGCAGAGGCUAGUACGGAUUUUAGGCAAGACGGUGGUUUGCAUUUAGCAGCAUUGGAUAAUGGUGGAUGGGAUGCAGGGGGGGCAGAUAUUGAAAAUCUGCACGAUAGGAUGAAGAAGUACACGGCUAUGUCAAUCAAGCUACUUCCAAAGACAGGGUCUACUACUUCUGUUGCGAAUAAUGAGGUGGUCAAUUCGAGUAACGAUUUUCAGAUAUUGUUACGGAAGAAUAAUACCAUUACGAAUAGUGUAUUGUCUAAGAGACUUUCACAUUUGUUAAAUGACAUGAAUCAUCCGAAUUAUCAGUCUGAUUUGCAGCUCAAGAAAUCGUUGACCGUUUUGCAGGAGGAUAAGAUUGUUUUAGGACUGGAUAUUGAUAAGCUUGUACGUGCGGAUUUCAUUGGCUUAUUGUCGAGGAAAUCGUUAAGGUCAGAUUUAGAGAAGGAGUUGUUGAAAGAUCAUCUGUCUGUCUUGGAAGAUUUCCAGCCAAUUGCUAGGAAAAUCAAGAGGUUGCACAAACCUGUAGAGCGGAUCCAAGCUUUGGGUCAGCAGUUGCUAGAAAUGCAAGAUUCCGGGCACGAAGAGGUAAUUGUUGAUUCGGAUGUAGUUGAUUUGAGAAAACGGCUAGACCAUUUAAAGCUUAAGCGCAAGAUUUUAAUCGGUAUUCGUGAUUCGCUUAUACUAAACCAGUUAGAAGUUGAGCAGUUGGAUAAUGGAGUGAUUGAUGAAUCUUAUUUUCAAAUCGUUAACAAGCUGAUGAACAUAAAAGAACGUGCCACUUACUUGAUUGGAUUGAGCAAUCCUAAAGCGGGGAACGCAUUGUCAACCAAAGUUAAUGAAUAUUUGAGACGUGCAAACAAACGCGUCUUCAACUAUUUAUUAGAUUUUCUUUAUGAAUAUGAAUCUAUGCCAAAGUCUUCUGGACAGCGCGCUUUUGAAGAUAAUGACGCCUCGUUAACUAUGUUCCAACGAUGUCUCAUCUAUCUAUCCAAUGAUCUUGAAUUUUUUAAUGAGUUCUUAAAAAUAGUUACGAAUAUGAGAUCCAAGAAAUUAUUAAAUGAUUUCUUAUCACAAUUCGAUGUUGAUAAUAGAGAUAGUAAACCUAUACUUUUGUCGGCCCAUGAUCCUGUAAGAUACCUGGGGGAUGUCUUGGCACAUGUGCACACUUUGAUAGCGAACGAGGCCGAUUUUAUCGGAUCUUUGUUCAAAUUCCAAGAUAAACAAAUUGGAGAUGCCCCAAAAUCUAUACUGCAGGAAAACAGUGAUGUGUUGAACAGUCUACAUAUGCAUGUUUUGAAUCGCAUCAUCAGUUCUCUAUCUAAUUCAACAAGAAUUAGACUAGAACAAAUUGUCAGAUUUGAGGAUGAUGCUUUGGUUACAUUUGAUAUUACCCAAUUGCUUAAGUUGUACCAGAUGAUGUUCAGCAAACAUGAUUUGUCACCUGAUAAUAAGCUUAUCAAAAUAUUGCAUGAUUUAGAAGUCUUAGCGAAUGCGAAAAUCUUAUCGUACUAUUCAAAUUACCUAAGCGCAGUUAAAACGGAUGAUCAAGCUACUGCAGACUUGUUGCCCCCAGAUUGGUUAACCGCCUAUCUUUUUAAAUUAUGUGGGCUUUUUGAUAAAUUGGAAGCUGUUUCCGAAUCUAACGAUAUUCUCACUGCCGACUUUUUCAAUAAAUUUGUAUUGAAUCCAUUUGAGAUGACGUUCUUAAAACAAGCUGAGUCGUGGUUUCCUUUUUCAAAGAAGGACAGUGUGUCUAAAUAUAAUCUUUUAAUCUUAGAGAUCAAUGGGUUUGAUAUAAUAACUUCAAGGUUGGUUCCAUAUCACAAUACCAUUUUUGCGUCUGAAGCUGGUUUAGAUGUGUAUCAUAAAUUAUCCAAUAAGCUUGAUACCUUUGUCAAUCAGUUAGAUGAAUUGCAAACAAGGAAAUUUUUCGAGCUCACUGGGUUGUCCCUCUAUUACAAUUUAUUUAAUAUGGUCUUCCCUGUCGCUUCUGUUCAGGAUAGCUUGGACUAUGAGAUGUACAAUUCCAUUUUAGAAAAUCCAAUAAUGUCCUUGGAUAUAAUUGAAGCUAACGUUCGCGAAAAAUUGGUUGAAUAUAUACCACAGGCGCUAAUGGAUAUACAAGAGGUCUGGUUAUUCAAUUUGGCGUCUCUAAAAAUUGCUGAAACUAUCACAUCCAACUGUUUUAGCAGAUUCUGCAAAUUCUACGUCGUUUUUAAGAACGUCUUAUUAAACCUAUUCAUGGACGACCAAGAUCGUAUAUCCUCAAUAUUGGCCUACUCAGAACAUGAGAUAAGUACGCUCCUAGGAAUCACCGAAUAA